CUAACGGUGGAAAAGUACACCAUUUAAAGUAUUUUUGGUAUUUUUGUAUUUUUGGCUGGCCACACCCAACUGCCCUUUUCGAGCGUCUCGAGUUGAGGGCCUUGGCACGCUUCUAGCGGCUCGCCCGUCACAUUCUGGAGACAAGCACCGUAGCCGCAGGUGUGCUCCAGGUUUGUUUCUCAUCGAAUCCCAACCAACCCUUGUCAGCCGAAGUGGUAGCAUCCUUUAUUAAGAACAGUCCUCCCUUUUUCUUUCCCUCCUCCCCGUGUAUUGCGGAGGCCGGUACCUAGCAACAUGGAUCACAAUCGGAACAAGGCAAUACGCAACGAACGUAAGAACCAUCUUUCGAAGCCGCAGGUUUUCGUCCAGCUCGCAUUUGGCGUAUCUUGGUCUGAACGGCAUACACCACAGACGCAUACAAUGACUUACAUGUCUCGUAACUUGAAGAAUGCGAGGGAUUCCGGAAACUUUCCUCGCCAAGUACCCCCGCCGAAUGCCAACUUCUUAGGUAUCCCGGAAUCGCGCCAGCAACGGAGUCGAGAACAUUCAGGCCGACAUCAUCGUCAACAUAAUCACGCGCAAGCCCGGGAACCUGGACGUCACCGGGGUCAGAAUGGUAGUAAUCAACCCAGCGAACAAGUAAGGGCCCGGCCAAGGCGGCUCUCGGCGAGCGAAUCUCGAGCGGAAAGGGGAAGGUCGGCGCCGCCACUAUUUAACGACAGCCCGUGGGAUGAUCCUUAUGUAUGUGCAUCGUUGUUCCCACAACGUUCACAGACGGCUGGAGAGCAAGCCUCGUGGAAAGCAUUACCCGCAGCACCGAGUCAGUAUCGACUUGGUGAAGAAGGGCUACCGUGGUCUGCAUAUGCAUGGCCGGGGGAUGUCCAGGACGAUGAUGAGGACGAUGAUGGCGAGGAAUUACCUUUUGAAAAUCGCCCAACGACCAUCCCCCUCGACACGGAGCGAUCUCGCGGCGAGGACCCCGAAAGAGUUAGGGAACUUGAGUCGCUGUCUACGGCCAUGAUGACGGUAGACAACGGGUUUGAGCACCAAUGGUGGUAUCAAGGUCCUCGGGAGUCUAUGGAACGUUGGUGGACGCAACGAGCCGCAGAGGAGGCAGAUGACGCACGGUCGGCCGUUAGUGCCGAAGCGGUGCUAUUAUCUGACAUGGCACCGCCGUCGGCCUUGGAACCUGGAGAUGAUGAUAUUCCGAAUUUUAAUGAUAUCGUAUCGCCGAUAUCAGAAGCAUCAGAAGCAUCAAGUCCGGUCCAGAGUUUCAACCGGCCUCUCCAUAGAACACUUACGACAAGAUCGGACGAGCUAUGGCUACAAUAAAGGAAUUUAGGCUAGAAGACCGGACCAUUGCAGGCGAUGCUUAAGCAUUGGAUAUGCUAUCAAG